CCCAGCCAGGGCAGGAAGCGGGGAGGGGCAGGAGGGCCGGGGCCUCCGGAAAGCCGGCCCAGCUCCGCUUCCUGCCCCGCCGGAGCCAGGAAACCCGAGCCGGGACCCGGGGCCCGAGAUCCCCCUUCCCCCGUGGCCCCGAGACCUUCGGGGCUCUCCCCGGCCCGACCCCAGACUCAGCUCAGCAUGGAGAUGGAAGAUGCAGCUCGAGGGGCCCCUGGCCCGACCCGGCCGGCCCCCGUCAGCAUUAUCGGUGCCGAGGACGAGGACUUUGAGAAUGAGCUGGAGACGCACCCGGAGGAGCGGAGCAGUGAGUUCCAGAGCCUGGAGCAGGUGAAGCGCCGUCCGGCCCACCUCAUGGCCCUGCUUCACCACGUGGCUCUGCAGUUUGAGCCGGGACCCCUGCUGUGCUGUCUCCAUGCUGACAUGCUGGCCACACUGGGCCCCAAGGAGGCCAAGAAGGGCUUUCUGGAUUUCUACCACAACUUCCUGGAGAAGACGGCGGUCCUGCGCGUGCCUGUGCCCCCGUCAGUGUCCUUCCAGGCUUGGAAACAUAACCCUUCCCUGCAGAAAGUAGUCCGGGCCCAGCAAAGCGCCGUCUCCCGGCAGCUGGAGGACUUCCGGUCCAAGCGGCUCAUGGGGAUGACCCCCGGGGAGCCGGAUCUGUCCCAGCUGGAGGCUUGGGCGGUCCGUGAUCGCGUCAGCUUCGAGGGCCGGGAGCGCCUCGUGGCGGAGAGGCUGCUGAACCAACUGGAGGACAUGCACCCGACCAUCUCCACGGAUGAGGAAAAGAGCGUGGCGAUCGUGAGCGCCAUCAGCGCCUACAUGCGCUACCUUGGCGUCCGGACCAAGAGCAGCGACAAAAAGGCCCGCGGGAACUUCUUCCGGAAAAAGAUGUCUGGGAACCGCCGGGCAGACGAUCCCCCCAAGACCAAGAAGGGGCUCAGCAUCAUCCUGGACGCGGCUCGACGGAACUGGGGAGAGACGCAGGCUCCUGACUGCCGACACCCUAAAGCUGAGAGCGAUGGAGAGAAGCCAGGGCUUCCUGAGCGGAAGGUCAGCCAUGUGACCCCCCCACGGGGGGUCGUCGGGCCCCCUGGGCCGGAAGCUCCUGGUGUUACUGUGCAUCCCCCUCCAGGGGAGAGCCCAGACAAGGAGCCAGGUACUGACCCACCCUCAGAAGUGGGGGACCCACCCCCCCAAGGCCCGUCCAGCUCAGAGCCCCCCGUCCUCCCGGAGAGCAGCACGGAGGACGGGGCCGACACGGAGAGCCCCGAGCCAGGUGAUGAGGGGGAGCCGGGGCGUGCUGGGCCCGAGCUCGAGCCCGAGGAGCCGCCGGGCUGGCGGGAGCUGGUCCCCCCUGACACCUUGAAUGGGAUGCACAAGAACCAAGUGAAGAGGCAAGAAGUGAUCAGCGAGUUGCUGGUGACCGAGGCGGCCCACGUACGGAUGCUCCGGGUCCUCCACGACUUCUUCUACCAGCCCAUGGCUGACGGGGGCUUCUUUGCGAUGGACGAGCUGCAGAACAUCUUCCCCAGCCUGGACGAGCUGAUCGAUGUGCACUCUCUGUUCCUGGAGAGCCUGAUGAAGCUGCGGCAGGAGAGCGGCUACGUCAUCGAGGGGCCGGGGCGUGCUGCUGAGGAGUGAUUCGACGGCCCCGAGGGCUCCUGGUUCCAGAAGAUCUCCUCCCGGUUCUGCAGUCGGCAGUCGUUUGCUCUGGAACAGCUCAAGGCCAAACAGAGGAAGGAGCCCCGCUUUUGUGCUUUUGUGCAGGAAGCCGAGAGCCGGCCCCACUGCCGCAGGCUGCAGCUCAAGGACAUGAUCCCCACGGAGAUGCAGCGGCUCACCAAGUACCCCCUGCUCCUGCAGAGCAUCUGGCAGAACACAGAGGAGCCCAAGGAGAAGGCCAAGGUGGAGCAGGCUGCUGAGUGCUGUAAGGAGAUUCUGCAUCAUGUGAACCAGUCUGUGAGAGACAUGGAGGACCUGCUGCGGCUCAAGGACUACCAGCGGCGCCUGGACCUGUCCCAUCUGAGGCAGAGUAAUGACCCCAUGCUGAGUGAGUUCAAGAACCUGGACAUCACCAAGAAGAAGCUGGUGCACGAGGGACCCCUGACCUGGAGGGUGACCAAGGACAAGGCCGUGGAGGUGCACGUGCUGCUGCUGGACGACCUCCUGCUGCUGCUGCAGCGCCAGGACGAGCGGCUGCUGCUCAAGUCCCACAGCCGGACGCUGACCCCGACGCCCGACGGCAAGACCAUGCUGCGGCCCGUGCUGCGCCUGACCUCCGCCAUGACCCGGGAGGUGGCCACGGACCACAGGGCUUUCUACGUCAUCUUCACCUGGGACCAGGAGGCCCACAUCUAUGAACUGGUGGCCCAGACGGUGUCGGAGAGAAAGCACUGGUGCACCCUCAUCACGGACACCGCGGGCUCCCUGAAGAUCCCGGCCCCCGUCGGGCGGCCCAAGUCCCGGCCCAGCCCCAUCAGUGCCAGGGAGCCUCUGACCAGCAGCUCCGAGAACGGGAACAGCAGCCGGGAGCCCCCCCAGGGGGAAGCCGGCCGUUGUGAGCGCAUCCUGAGUGACCUGCUGCCCUUCUCCUGCCCGGGCCCCGAGGGCCAGCUCGCGGCCUCUGCCCUCCGGGAAGUUCUUUCCCUUAAGCAAAUCCUGCUCCCGCCAGAGGAGGAAAACGGGCCGGCCCCGGGCCCCGAGAGUGAGGGGGCGCCGGGGGCCGCCCAGGCCCAGGAGCUGCGAGAGAGGCUUCUCAACUUGGAAGACACCAUCAAGAGGCUGGAGGAAGUCGAGGAAGAGUUCUGUCGCCUGCGACUCAUCAUAUCCCAGCUCAAUGGGGCCAGCCCGAGCCAGGCCAGCUGCUCCUGAGGGCCCGCAGGCCCUCUCCAAGGGAGGACCCAGGAAGGGAAAUGGGGCGAUGUCGGGGAGCUCCCCCAGCCGGAUCAGCCACUGCCUACGUCUGCAGAGAGGGGGCCGGGCCCGCGGAGUGCCCCGGGCCGCCCCCACCACUGUCCACUGCCCCGUGGAGACCUCAGGGCUCGAUUCCAGCUCCCCUCGGCCCACCGGCCGUCAGUAUUGUGCCCGGGCGGCUUCUCCAGUGCCUUACCUGUUAUGCGCGUUUUAUAUUCUGAGGUUUAUUUUUAAUAUAUAUAUGUGUAUAUGGAUGCA